UUUCAGAAUUGGGCAAGCGAGAUUGGAUUGGCAAAUGCUCUUUCUCUAGUUUUCUCUUGAUAUCAUAAAAUAUGUGGACUAUAAAUUAAUAUUUUGGACGAGGAAAAGUAGAACGGGGGACUUUUGAGGAUGCCAUGGGAAUUAAGGUCAAAAGAUGAAUGAUGGUGAUAUCAAUCAUGUUAAUUUGGUCUGCUAGCUUGGAGUUUUGAGUAUCUGUUGUUAGCUAGGCUAUGCAAUUAAUUGCAUGGGGAUGCUGCCGAAUCCUGAGAGUAUUUGAUAGGCUGAUCAGUGCUCCAUUGGUUUCUACCAAGGAAUUCAAGAUAAGUUGAUCAGUUGAACUCAUCACUUGGAGCAGCAGCAUAGGAUCGUGACUCGGUACAAGUAUGCAUUAUUGCGUAGUCUAAUGAUGUCUUCUUCAAGACAUAUUACUGUUCAGGAGUUUUAUGUUAUUUUGGUUGGAUUUGUGGAAGCAAUAGUUUUGGUGUAUCUCAGAAACUAACAGAAAGAAACUUAUUUUGUUCAUCUGCUGUCUUCAUACUCAGAAACUGUAAGUAACAUGUCUGGAUCUACAUCUUUAUACUGUGCAUUUUCAGGUAAUACCCAAGUGAUUGAUCUGUACAGUAGCUCAUAUUCACAUGUAAAGUGGGCAAAGGUAAGACUCAGUGCAUCGUUUGAAUCCCACUUGAAAAGUGCUUCUCUUUUCUUUUCGCAGGAUGGUGGUCUUCAUAGUUCCUUCCACUCUACUUUUGACGUAAAGGAAUAAUGCACUAAGGAAGAUGAAUUCUGUCCAAUAUCUGCUGGCAUAAUCAAAGACAUGCAGUAAAAAUAAUGAGACAGAAGAUGGCAGAUGGGGGGGGAGGAUUGGAUUCCGUUGUGCAGGUAGCCGUUGCAAGGUUUGGAAUUACGCCAUUCAAAUCCCACACAGAAGAAAGAGAAUGAUGAGAAUCUUUGUAAUUAUAUACGCAUAAUAUUACUAGCAACGGCUACAUUUCCUUCCCCACGCAGCAACCCCAAUACUUAAAAUACUUCCCUUUUUCUCCACUAUUUCAAAUCUCCUCCCUUUCUUUCAAGCAGCAAACAGCAGCAGUUGCUCCUCUUUCUUCUCUCUCUCUCUCUCUCUCUCUCUGGGAACCCAAAUGGGUCUUUGUUUCAGCAAGAAGAAGGCGUCUUCUCGCAAUAGUCAUGCAUCCAAAGCAAUCCCAAAUGAGAAGAAAGCGGAAAAGCCAUCUGGAGCUGCGGUAGAAUCGGCCGCUGUGCAGAAGCAAGCGGUUGUCAUCAUCCAGAACGCGAGGAAGAGUGCCUCUGAAUCUGCUGCGGCUGAAGAGAAGGUGAAGGACAAGAAAGCCGAGACGCCGACGAACAAGGUCGACAGAAAAGUCGAGACUUGUGGCGCCGACCCGGUCUUGGUGGUACCGGUGGUGGAGGAAUUCAGGCCGACUACAGUCGUCGGGAGCUCGAGCUGCACCAAGGAGGAAUUGGACGCUAUUCUGAUCCAGUGCGGUCGCCUCAGCCGCAGUUCGUCGGGGAAUGCCUCGAACGGGAACGGGGGUGGCCACAGGAAGUACUCGGGCUCGAAGCGAAGCUAUGAUUUUGACAGUGAGAAGAAGGCGGAGGAGGAGGAGGAGGAGUGUGGGGAGAAGCCCGUGUCGAGGCCCUCCCCUCACCGGAGAACUCCCGGCAGGGAGCGGUCCGGGAGCAGGGAGAGGGGAGGCGGCGGCGGCGGAGGACGGAGGGUGAGCCGGUCGCCCGGGAGGCGCACGGAAGUCCCGGCUUCGCCUGUCGCCACCAGCGAGAGAUCGAGGCAGCCAGCGAAGAUGGUGGCUGUCCCGGCGCGAGAUAAGAGGAGGGGAGUCUCCCCUGCUGCCCCUAACAAGAGAGGCCGCGAGACAGGAGCCGUGAGGAGCGCUUCACCUCAGCCGCGAUCGCCGGCGAGUACUACUCGGAUCUCCAAUGAGAAUGCUUCCUACCGCGCUCCGCCACCAAACCAGCCGCAGUCCCUGAGCCGGAGCUCAUCGAGGAAGGCUGAGCAGUCGCCUUACCGAAGGAGUCCAAUGAAGGAAGUCGAUGAGAACAUCCUCAAUAGAACCAACCAAACCGUCAACAAGAAGAAAAGAGGAGGGGAGGAAGGGAUGCAGAAGCUGAGCCAACCUCGAACCCAGAAAUCAAGCGAAAAUGGUGCUCAAGUGAGCAAAGGUUUUCAGAAGAAUGGAGCUGCGAAAGCGGUAACAAACGCGGUCAAGAGCAGCAAUCCGGUAACCGACUGCGUCCGCGAGCAGCUCAUGGGCUGCAGAGGGAGAGAUGCACCAGCAGCAGAAGAAGAGACAGAGAAAGCAUCAGCCAAGGUGGAGGUCCAGAAUCCGAGGACCAUCACAAGAACCAGAUCCUCCAGGAGAUCAUCCAGAGACCUCGACCAUGCUCUCGGACUGAACCAAGAGGCCUUGCUCAAUCCAAAUCCCUACGCUUCCUUGCUUCUCGAGGACAUCCAGAACCAGCAUCCCGACACAGCCUUUUCCGUCCCCGCUUGCGUCUCCAAGGCCUUCUCCAUCGUUGAAGCCGUGGCCGAUCUCAACUCCGGCUCUUCCGAGAACAGGAGCUACGCCGGAGACAGAUUCAGCCACAACAACGGCUCGCUAGACGGGCGGCAUGGACGGAGAGGUUUGGCAACGGAACAGCCGUUCGUGGAGACGGAGAUAGUCGCAAAGGACGAUCUUUUGGAGCCAAGCCUCCAUAGAUACGUUACAAUGACGGACUUGGGUGUUGGUGAUGUAGAGCCUCAGGAAUCUGCAGGGAGCAACAGCGUCGUCGGUCAGCCCUGGGCUUCCCCGUGGGAGCCUACUAAUUCCGUCGAUUCCACCGACCAAUGCUGGACUUCGAGAUCGAACAACGGCGACGAGGUGGAGCAGGAAGCCAGACUGAGCUCGUCAAGCUACGGCGGUCUGUACCAGUGGCAGCAGCAGCCACAAGAAUCUGAAACCCGAGUUAGAAGGCCUUGGGGCGGGUCGAGUGAGAACAAGAGAGACUGUUACCGCCGUACUCCGCUUCACCCAGCCGGCGCCGGCGCAAAGACUGGUAGCCGGUCUUGCUCGCUUCCAGUUUCUGCUGCUGCUGCUGCGACCACAUAGCAGCUCUACGAAGCAAAGAUUCAUCUUUUGGGAUUAGAGAAGAGAAUUUGCUGCUCGCAGAUGUGUGAUUUCCAUUCCGUUUGGUCCGGUCGGUGUAGUAGUGAUAAUGUACCAUAUUGUGUUAGAAUUUAGCGUCUCUUUUAAUCGUGUAGGUCUGCAAGGAACAUGAGAUUUGUUCACAUCCAGAGUUUAUCAUUUUAUACUCAGAUGAACAUAAGAUAAUUUACAACA